AUGGUGUCGGCGACAGGGCGAUCCGGCGAUUCAGCGGAGAAUGGCGGCGUAUCUAACAUCAGGCAGCGAGUAUUCCAAGGCGGGGACUGGUCCGGGGACAUGGCGACACGACGGCACAGCUCGACUGGAGCCUAUCAAGGACAGAGGCCGAGGAAGGGGCGCCAUACAGUCACGGAGCAACGGAACUGCCCGGAAGGAGCCGCUGCGGAGAUGGAGUUGGACAAUGGGACCAGGGUGCAGAAAUUCAUUUUGCUGGGAUUUGGCGUCGGGCAACAGGAACGGUUCCUGCUCCUCGUUUUCUUUGGCAUUCUCUAUGUAGUUACAUUGGCUGAGAACAUCACCAUCAUCACACUGGUGGUGCUGGACACCCACUUGUCCCGGCUUCCCAUGUACAUCCUGCUGGGCAACUUCUCCUGGCUGGAGAUCUGUUACGUGAGCACCACUGCGCCCCGCAUGCUCUUCGACUUGGCAUCCCCUUAUGGGAUCAUUCCUUUCAGCGACUGCUUCCUUCAGUUCUACCUGUUAUUCUCUUUUGGUGCCACAGAAAAUUUCUUCCUCUCAGCCAUGGCCUUGGACCGAUACUUGGCCAUCUGUCAUCCCCUCCACUAUCCACAACUCAUGACCCAAGAGUCCUGCUACCACCUGGUGGUUGCUUGUUGGAUCUGUGGAUUCAUGGGAUACGUUGUCCCAGUAAUUAUGAUGUCAAAGAUGUCCUUCUGUGGCCCCAAUGUCAUUGAUCAUUUUUUGUGUGAUCCAGGACCUAUUCUGGCCCUGGCCUGCCCACCCUUAGGGGUCACUCCCAUAGUCUUCCAGUUUUGUGCAAAUGUCCUGAUCUUAGGCAAUGUGUUGUUUGCUGUCUUGUCCUACGCCAUUGUCAUACUCACCCUGCUGAAACCCUCUUUUGAAGGCAAGCGUCGGAAGGCUUUUUCCACCAUUUCAUUCCACAUAGUGGUGGUAACACUUUUCUAUGGCUCUGUGGCAGGGAUGUACUUAGCUCCCGAUGGAGAAAAUCAGAGAGAGACUGCUAAAGCCAUAACACUUUUCUACACUUCUGCCACACCUUUUCUGAACCCCAUGAUUUAUUGUCUGAGGAAUGAUCAGGUGAAGGAGGCCCUGCAAAGGCUGUCAAAAAGAAAGCUGAGAUUUCGGUGA